AAGUUUAAAACGAGAAAAUUCCUCCUAACUGCACGUGUUUGGCUUAAUAAGAGCAACGAAGUGAAGAGAACAUGGUCACUGCAGUACAGUUUUUGUUCUCCAAGCUACUCUCUCCACUGUGGAGAAUAGUAGAGGAUGAAGAGGAUGGAAUGUAUUAUGGUGGAGGAAUGGAGGAGAUUCGGCAGAUACGAGGUGGUGUUGUGACUCAGUUGUGUCAGGAUUAUGGCCUGAUCGAUCAUUCUGUGUACUUUACCGCUGGAGAGGUGCUGGGUGGAGUGCCGUUGCAUCUGGGUGACCCUGUUCAUGCUCUGGCAGUUCGAGACGGAGCACAUGGAGGCUGGAGGGCACUGAGGGUGGAGAAGCAAAUGGAUGCUUGGGAGGGAGGCAUGUCAUCACUUGAACUGGAUGCUAACAAACUUCGGCCCCUGAUUGGAACGAUAACGUCAUGCAACAAAGAUGGCGGAUUUAUAAACCAGACAACACAUUUUCCCAGAUCAGCACUAUGUGAAGGUUUUGAGCCUAUGAAAGGAGACUGGGUGCAGGCUGAGUACUUCAUUAGCCCCACAGAGUGGAGCAGUCAGGCUCAGACUGUCUUUCCACUAAGAUACCAACGCAUGGACCAAGUGCGUGUGAAACGUGUGUUUGGCUCUAGUGGCGUUGUAGGGGACAGUGUGUUUUUUAAUCUGGAUUCUCUGUUGUUACCUGCUGGGUACAGACCCUCAGCAGGGGAUAUAGUGAGUGUUGUGGUGGUGGAGAGCAGCCAGUCAUUCUACUGCUGGAGAGCACUCUGCAUGGCCCCUAUUACUACACAGAGCCUGAAUGGGUCAGUGUCAGUCUUACCAGAGUCUGACCUCCAGACAUUGCUAGAGAAUAAAGGAGGUCUGGUGGUCAGUGAUGAAACACAGUUUGGCCCUAUGUUGUUGGGGGAGAGUAAACAGCUGCUUAUCUGGAUACACAAUACUGGCUCUGAGACACACCGACUGAAGUGUAGUGAAUUUGCUGGCUGGGACACUGAGGAGCAGUUUACUUUCGGCCUCGUCCCACCUUCUACCAGCUCGAACAUUCCAUCAAACCCCAAACUUCAACUAACGAUUACCAAGAGCAAUCCUUAUAUGCCCUCUGUACGGGUUUCUGGCAGGGGCCUUUUAGCUGGGCAAGGUCUUUAUGUGCUGCCCAGGCCUUCCUCAAGACCUGAGGAAAAAAAGAAGGAAGGCUAUGAAAAUGGCAUUGACGUAGAUAUAGAUGAAGAGGUGGAGGAUAUUAAAGAGAACAAUGCUAAAGAGACAUCUGCUGUGCUUGCUAUUGAAAGAAAUAUGGAGAUCUUACCUGCAGAGAAGGUGACAAUAAGUGUGGACUGCCAGGCUAAAAAUAUAGGUCGAUGUGCAGAGCUUUUGUUGCUGCACUUCUCCUCAUUUACCAUCGGGCGGCGUCUGGAGGUGUCUGUGAGCAGUUCCGACGAGAAUCUGUUGAAGCCCAGUGCACCCUACUGUCCAGCAUUGCAAUUACCACCAGCUCUAGCUCCACAGCGUCCUGCUCAGGUGGUCACAGUCAUGGCUCCUGCACCUCCAAUUAGGUUAUCAAGACGUCACCUGCCCAAUUUCUUGGGAAACUACCCAGUGCCACAAGCUUUGAGGGAUUGUGUGGAGGCUAAAAAGGAUGUGUUGGUGGUUCAGCCUGCACUUGGGGAGCCAUUGAGUCCGUCCUCGAUGGUGGCUCGAUUCUCUGCUUUGCUAUGGCUGGAGGAACUGCAGGCUGAAAGUGAGCUCAGAGAGUUUAGCAUCAGUGGUGCUUUCCUUAAAAAGGGAGCCGGGUACCUACACCUUGAAAUACCUGGGCUGAGUGAGGGAAGGCCCAGUCUCUACAUAGGAGACAAAAUAUCUCUGAAGAAGCAAUGUAGUGGAGGCUUUGCUGUGGAAUAUAUCAGUUAUGUCACUGAGAUCAGCGAGGAGGAUGUGAGUUUGCGUGUGAACACUGAGUUUUUUAACAGCUAUUUGGGGGAACCACUGGAUGUGGAGUUUACAUACAACAGACUGACCAUGAGAAGAUGCCACUGUGCUCUAGAACAGACCAAGCACUUUGGAGACAAUGUGCUCUUUCCUCGAGUUGUGCAACUGCAAAGCCCCAUGUGGACUGGAGAGUGGGAGCCUGAAGAAUUCCACAAACAAGACAAAGAUAACCCGGUCACAGAAGAUGAAGAGGGUAAAGAAACCGCACAAGAGAAAAAGGAGAAGCCAUCCUCUUUGGCUAUGCCGAUGAUCUCUGUUGCCACACAGACAAAAGCUGACUUAGGGCCCAGGCCCAGGCCCAUCCCAAGCCCAGGCAGAUAUUUUAACUCUAACCUUAAUCCUGCUCAGAAAGAGGCAGUACGACACAUUCUUAGUGGAGAUUGUCGACCUUCACCCUAUGUGCUGUUUGGCCCUCCAGGAACAGGCAAAACCAUUACACUCAUAGAGGCUAUAUUGCAGGUGUAUCACCGUGUUCCAGGGAGUCGUAUUCUGGUGUGUACUCCGUCUAACAGCGCUGCAGAUCUCAUUUGUAUUCGCUUGCAUGACAGUAACUUCCUCCACGCUGCCAGCCUAGCACGCGUCAAUGCCACCUGCAGGGCUCCUGAGUCCAUACCAGAGGUGCUGCAGCAGUAUUCUCAUGCUGGAGAGGAUGUACGUCAUGCCUCUUUCCACCGUAUUGUAGUCAGCACCUGCUCCAGCGCUGGCAUGUUUUACCAGGUUGGCUUACGUGUUGGCCAUUUUACUCAUGUUUUUCUGGAUGAGGCUGGUCAAGCUACUGAGCCUGAGUGUCUGAUUUCUCUAGGUCUGCUGUCUGAAAAAACAGGCCAGAUAGUGCUGGCUGGAGACCCUAAGCAACUGGGUCCAGUGGUAAAGUCUAAAAUAGCGGAAGCUUUUGGGCUGGGAGUAUCCUUUCUUGAGAGACUGAUGGCCACCCCACUCUACUCCUGUGGCAAGAAAGGCUACAAUUCACUACUGGUGACUAAGCUGGUGUAUAACUACCGCUCCCAUGAAGCUUUGUUGGAGUUGCCGUCACGGCUGUUCUAUGGUGGCGAGCUGUGUGUGCGUUCACAGAGAGCUGUUGUGGACUCACUUUGCCACUGGAGCCGUCUUCCCACCAAGGGAUUUCCUCUCAUCUUCCAUGGAGUCAGGGGUACAGAAAUGAGAGAGGGCACCAACCCAUCCUGGUUUAACCCAGGGGAAGCAGUGCAGGUCAUGCUGUACUGUUGUCAGCUGGCAAAAAGACUCUAUAACCCAGUACCAGUCACUGACAUUGGCAUCAUUGCCCCCUACAAAAAACAGGUGGAGAAGAUCCGAGUGCUGUUGCACAGGGUUGGACUUGGUGACAUUAAGGUGGGCUCAGUAGAGGAAUUCCAGGGGCAGGAGUUUCUGGUUAUCAUCCUGUCAACGGUGCGGGCCAACGAGGGUCUCCCAAAUAAUGAUCUGCAAAGUGCUUUGGGCUUUCUGUCUAACCCGAAACGUUUUAAUGUGGCCAUCACACGAACCAAAGCUCUCCUUGUUGUCAUUGGCAACCCACAUGUACUGAUUAAGGACCCAUGUUUUCAUGCGCUGCUGCAGUACGCAUAUGAGAAUGGGGCUUGUCUUGGCUGUGACCCUCCUGCCCCCCUUAGAGAAGUCCAAAGGUCUUCCACUAAAAGGAAAAAAUAAGGAUAAGAGGAGGAACUCUACUGGAUUUGCUGAAACUGAUUUCAAUAAAUAAAAGAUUUAAAUUUCCUGUA